AUGGGUCAAAAUCAGUUUGGUGGACGUAAGAAUCAAGGGGGUGAAGGACAAGGAGAUGAUAAAGAAAAAAAAAGAAAAUAUGAAGCACCAAUUCCAACAAGAUUUGGAAAGAAAAAGAAGGGUAAAGGACCAUCAGCGGCUAAUAAAUUACCAACUGUAACACCACACGCGAGAUGUAGGCUUCGUAAAUUAAAACUUGAGCGUGUAAAGGAUUAUCUUUUGAUGGAAGCGGAAUUUAUAAAAAAUCAAGAAAUUCUUAAACCACAAGAAGAACGUAUUGAGGAAGAAAGAAUGAAAGUUGAUGAUCUUCGUGGUAAUCCAAUGGCUAUUGGUUCAUUAGAAGAAAUAAUUGACGACACCCAUGCUAUUGUUGCUACAAAUGUUGGUAGUGAACAUUAUGUUACCAUUAUGUCUUUUGUUGACAAAGAACAAUUAGAACCAGGAUGUUCUGUUCUCCUCAAUCACAAGACACAUUCAGUCGUUGGUGUUUUAAGUGAUGACGUUGAUCCAAUGGUUUCAGUAAUGAAACUUGAAAAAGCUCCUCAAGAAACGUAUGCUGAUAUUGGAGGAUUAGAUCAACAAAUUCAGGAAAUAAAAGAAGCUGUUGAAUUACCACUAACACAUCCUGAAUAUUAUGAUGAAAUGGGUAUUAGGCCUCCAAAGGGGGUCAUCUUAUAUGGAUGCCCAGGUACAGGAAAAACUUUAUUAGCUAAAGCUGUUGCUAAUCAAACAUCUGCUACUUUCUUAAGAAUUGUUGGAUCUGAAUUGAUUCAAAAAUAUCUUGGUGAUGGACCAAAAAUGGUUAGAGAAUUAUUUAGAGUUGCAGAGGAAAAUGCUCCUUCAAUUGUUUUUAUUGAUGAAAUUGAUGCUGUUGGAACAAAACGUUACGAUUCAAAUUCUGGCGGUGAGCGUGAAAUUCAAAGAACUAUGCUUGAAUUACUAAAUCAACUUGAUGGAUUUGAUUCUCGUGGUGAUGUUAAAGUUAUUAUGGCAACAAAUCGUAUUGAAUCUUUAGAUCCUGCUCUUAUUCGUCCGGGUCGUAUUGAUCGUAAAAUUGAAUUUCCAUUACCUGAUGAAAGGACAAAAAGGCGUAUUUUUGAAAUUCAUACAUCAAAAAUGCAGCUUUCUAAAGAUGUUGAUUUAGAUGAAUUUAUUCAAGCUAAAGAUGAACUUUCUGGAGCUGAUAUCAAAGCAAUGUGUACAGAAUCUGGACUAUUAGCGCUUCGUGAAAGAAGAAUGUGCGUGACAAUGGAAGAUUUCCGUAAAUCAAAGGAAAAUGUUUUAUACCGUAAAAAAGAUGGUGCUCCAGAAACACUUUAUAUGUAA